AUGCCUGGGACGCACAAGCCAUUUUGGGUUGGCGGCUUUCAGCCCUACACUGGCAUGAUGGAGUCCUCCCUGAGCAGUUUCCACGGGGAUGUUGAUGAGGGCCGACUGCGUAAUCUGCACAAAGCUCGUAACCACAAAACCUUUACAACUGCACAGGCCAGGGAAAUCCGACGCCGGGCCCAAGAGCAACGCUUCCUUGGUGUUGAGAGGCCGAUCAAAAGAAAGAGUUUAGGCAUUCCAGCAGAAAGCAAUAUAUCGGAGAAAAAGGUAUCAACUAAAAAUGUAAAAAAAUCAAAAACGUCAAAGAAGAUAACCACCAAAACCGGUAAAAAAAAGCCGAAUUCUAAAAAGAAUAUGAAAAUUUCCCAAAAGCUAAUCGAGAAUGCUGAUGAUCAGGAGAUAGACGAAUCGUCAGUUGUCAUUAUGCCCGGGGUUACUGCGCCUGAGAGCAGAAACUGGCAAGAUCUGUCGCAAGAAACAAAUUUGCCGGAGAAUGAGGAUGUGCUUGAAGCUGAUUCAGUCGGGGCAAGAAGCGUAGAGGAGAAGGUGGAUGUGGUGGGGACGAAUGGCGCUACUCAGCUGGAUAGGGACGAGGAGCAAAGAGAUGCUUUCAGUAGGAAGGGAGACCGACUGCCGGGAUCGGGGGCAUGCAUACCGGCCGUAGUGACGGAAGAAGAGGCCGAGGCCUUGGAAGCUCUCACUUCGGCCAUACGCUUGAUCACGGCGCUGCCGGAAUGCCCAAAAUAUCGAGUCUUGGCCAACAGUCUAACACGACUGGACACUUGGAGACGGUUACCAUCGUCACCUCCACCAACCUUGGCCAGUCGUAUUCCCUACACAAUUAAAUCGAGAAAGAGUCGAAUUGAUCGCUCAGCCGGAACCGAUCGUCCCAUCAGGCAGGUCACAUGCAAUCCCCCUGGUACUUUUGGCAAGCCAAUUGACAUCACACAAUCAAGGCCUUUGAUGCCAGCUGCAAGAAGCAAUUGGUCUGUUAAGCAAAGCCGAGAACUGGCACCAACUUUGUCGUUGGACAGCCCUACCAUCAGUUCUGGCUCUUUU